AAUGCAGGGAAGGGGAAGUUUGGAGGAGGCCUCAGAGGAAACUGGAGGGCACAGGGGAAGCAGAAGAGUGCUGAGACCUGGGACCUGGUGUCUCCCUACGGCCACCCGCAUCUCCUGAGCUAUGAGCCAAGCCAGGGAUUUCCAGGGAGGAAAAGCUUUCGGACUGCUGAAGGCCCAGCAGGACGAGCGACUAGAGGAGAUCAACCAGCAAUUCCUGGAGGACCCCAAAUACAGCACUGAUGAGGACCUGCCCUCCAAACUGGAAGCCUUCAAGAGGAAAUACAUGGAGUUCGACCUGAACGGAAACGGAGACAUCGAUAUCAUGUCCCUGAAGAGAAUGCUGGAGAAACUUGGGGUCCCCAAGACCCACCUCGAGCUAAAGAAAUUAAUUGGAGAGGUGUCUGGUGGCUCUGGGGAGACGUUCAGCUACCCCGACUUUCUCAGAAUGAUGCUGGGCAAGCGAUCUGCCAUCCUGAAAAUGAUCCUGAUGUACGAGGAGAAAGCGAGAGAACAGGAGAAGCCAUCCGGCCCCCCAGCCAAGAAAGCUAUCUCUGAGUUGCCCUAAUUGCAGAGUGGGGUGUGUGUGUGUGUGUGUGUG